AUGACGGCCAGGCUCGAAGACUUCACCAACCCGCUGUGGCUCAGCAAAUUGCAAGAGUCUCAGGAGCUCGUCCUCGCUCUUACAGCUUUGGCAGUCGCAGGGCUGACCUAUCUCAUCUAUAAUGUCGCCUUCAAGACAGACAUUUCCUACAUCAAAGGCCUGCCAGAGAUCCCUGGGGCGCUGCCCGUCUUUGGUCACUUGUUACAGCUCGGCCAAGACCACGCCACUGUGUGCGAGAAAUGGUGGCGCCAGUACAACCAGUCCGUCUAUCAGAUCAAGCUGGGCAACACGCGUGCCGUUGUGGUCAACUCGUUUGAGGACUGCAAGAAGAUGCUGCUCGGAAACCAGAACGCCGUCAUUGACAGGCCCACACUCUACACCUUUCAUGGAGUCAUCAGCAGCACACAGGGCUUCACCAUCGGCUCGUCUCCAUGGGAUGAGUCGUGCAAGAAGAAGCGCAAGGCCGCAGGCACUGCGCUAGGAAGGGCGUCUCUGCGCAACUAUCACCCCAUGUUCGACCUGGAAAGCUACUGCAUCCUCCGGGACCUGAAGAGAGAUAGCCAGAACGGCGCUCUUGAAAUCAGUGUUCGGCCCUACAUUCAGCGGUAUGCGCUCAACACGACCCUCACCCUGUGCUACGGCAUUCGCAUGGACGCAGUGUACGACGAACUCCUCCGGGAGAUUCUGUACGUCGGUUCGGCCAUCUCCCUACUUCGCAGCGCGUCGGAGAACAUGCAGGAUUAUGUACCUAUCAUGCGAUAUUUCCCCAACAACGAGAAGAACAAGCGGUCCAAGGAACUCCGCGACCGUCGCGACACGUACCUCAACCUGUUGUUGGACAAGGUCCGCGAAAUGAUCAAGCUUGGCACCGAUAAGCCUUGCAUUUCCGCCGCCAUUCUCAAGGACGAGGAAACGAAGCUCACGGGUGUCGAAGUGUCCUCCAUCUGUCUGUCACUUGUCUCGGGCGGUUUCGAGACGAUCCCGGGAACGCUGACGUCGGCUAUCGGAUCUCUCAGCACCCCCGAGGGCCAGAUCUGGCAGGACCGCGCGUACGAGGACAUCAAGCGGUAUUACCCGGACAUGCGCGAAGCCUGGUCUUCCAGCAUCUCCGAAGAAAAGGUCCCUUAUCUCAAUGCCAUUAUAAAGGAGGCCGGUCGGUUUUACACCGUCAGCGCCAUGAGCCUGCCUCGCAAGACCGUUACAGAGGUGAAUUGGAACGGGGCCAAGAUCCCGGCCAAGACGAUGAUUCUCAUCAACGCCCAAGCCGGAAACCACGAUGUCGACCAUUUUGGCCCUGAUGCCGGCAAGUUUGACCCGGAGCGCUGGUUGUCCUCCUUGGACCCCCCAACCGAGCGCGAGUCCGUCGGGCUAAACCACCUCAGCUUCGGCGCCGGCUCGCGUGCAUGUUCGGGUCAGCACAUUGCGCACCGCCUUCUGUACACGGCGCUGCUGAGGCUCCUCGCGUCGUACAAGAUUGUGGCAAGCGAGGCGGAACAGCCCAACACGGACUACGUUGACUACAAUCAGUGCAAGUCGGCGCUGGUGGCGAUUCCACGCAACUUCAAGGUGAAGCUCGUACCAAGGGAUGUUGAUGUAACGGAGGAGUGUUUGAGGCUAGCAGAGGAGAGGACGAGAGAUCACUACAAGGAGUAA